AUGCACCUCCAGGACUCAUCAUGUGCUUUGGCAGAGAGGAAAUAUCUGAGACAACAGUCACACCUGGAGGGAGACAUCCUUCCCGACACUCCGAAAACCUGGCCUGAAUCCCCACUCACAAAAGCAAAUGAUAUUGCUUCCUCAAAGUCCCAGACUCAGGCAGAGAAAAUGAGAUCCGUUUUCAUCAACGUCUCCAAGAUCCCCCUGCUCCUCCUCUUCCUGUACAUGUUCGUCUGCUCGCUGGAUGUCCUGAGUUCUGCCUUCCAGUUAGCGGGAGGUAAGGUGGCUGGAGACAUCUUCAAGGACAAUGCCAUCCUGUCCAACCCGGUGGCAGGGAUGGUGGUGGGCAUUCUGGUGACGGUUCUAGUCCAGAGUUCCUCUACCUCCACCUCCAUCAUCGUCAGCCUCGUCUCCUCGGGACUACUCAAUGUGAGGUCUGCCAUCCCCAUCAUCAUGGGAUCCAAUAUUGGGACGUCCGUCACCAACACCAUCGUUGCUCUGAUGCAGGCUGGGGAGAGGGAUGAGUUUGAACGGGCAUUUGCUGGAGCGACAGUGCAUGACUGUUUUAACUGGCUGUCAGUGCUGGUGCUGCUGCCCCUGGAGGCAACCACAGGCCUGCUGAGAAGACUGUCUCAGGCCGUGGUUGACACCUUCCACAUCAGCUCUGGAGAGGAGGCCCCGGAGAUGCUCAAGGUCAUCACUGAACCACUCACCAAACUCAUCAUUCAGUUGGAUAAGUCUGUCAUCACAGGCAUCGCCAUGAGAGACGAGGCCAUGAGGAACAGGAGUCUGGUGAGGGUAUGGUGUAAGAGUCACAUCCUAACGUCCUCUGUGAAUGUUUCUGUCGGUGAUUCCUUCAACUGUACGUCAAUACAACCCUGCUGGCAAAGAAAUGUAUCAACCUGGACAACACAGAACAUGACUCUACUUGUAAAUAUAAAAAAAUGCAACCAUUUGUUUGUGGACUCGUGGUUGUCCGACCUGGCGGUAGGCCUCAUUCUGCUAGCCUGCUCUCUUCUACUGCUGUGCACCUGUUUGGUGCUGCUGGUCAAGCUGCUUAACUCCCUGCUCCAAGGCCAGGUGGCUAAGGUCAUUCAGAGGAUCAUCAACACAGACUUUCCCUACCCGUUUGGCUGGCUGGCAGGUUACCUGGCCAUCCUGGUGGGGGCUGGCCUGACCUUUGUGGUCCAGAGCAGCUCAGUGUUCACCUCCGCCAUCACUCCUCUUAUAGGUAUUGGUGUUAUCAGCAUUGAGCGUGCCUACCCUUUGACCCUGGGGUCCAACAUUGGCACGACCACCACAGCUAUCCUGGCAGCAUUGGCAAGCCCAGGGGACAAGCUGGCUGCAGCUUUCCAGGUCGCCUUGUGUCAUUUCUUCUUUAACAUACUGGGCAUUCUGCUGUGGUACCCUGUGCCCAUCACCCGCCUGCCCAUCCGUAUGGCCAGGACUCUGGGGCAGCGUACGGCCAAGUACCGCUGGUUCGCUGUGCUCUACCUGCUUCUGUGCUUCCUGCUCCUGCCCUCGCUCGUCUUCGCCCUCUCCAUGGCAGGCUGGCAGGUGAUGGCUGGGGUGGGCGUGCCCUUCGCCGUGGCCCUCCUCUUGGUGUCUGUGGUGAACAUGCUGCAGGUACACAGGCCAGGCUGUCUGCCAGUGAGGCUGCGGAGCUGGGACUUCCUGCCUGUCUGGAUGCAUUCCCUUCAACCCCUGGAUACCCUCAUCACCAAGGUGACCCUGUGCUGCUCUAGAAAAGCCAGAGAGCCUGGUCUGAUACAAUGCUCCAUGGACCCUGAUGGUCCUCAGAAGAGGAGCCACAUGGCUUUGGACAACCUUGCUCUGUGUUACAUAGACGAGGCCCCCACAGUGGUAAUGUCCCAGGGGGCAGACAAGGCCUCCACAGUGGCAAUGUCCCAGGGUGCAGACGAGGCCCCCACAGUGGUAAUGUCCGAGGGGGCAGACGAGGCCCCCACAGUGGCAAUGUCCCAGGGUGCAAAUUAGGCCCCCACAGCGGUAAUGUCCCAGGGGGGCAGACGAGGCCCCCACAGCACUAAUGUCCCAGGGUGCAGACAGGGUCAGGAGCACACUUCUGUAGAACAUAUGACACUGGAACAACAGGGAGAUGGAGCAGAAUGUCUUGUGAAAGCAGCAUCGUGGACUGCAACAAAUGAGCAGUGAUGAUCUAAUGUUAUGGAACAACGAGACUGGAGCAGAAAACUGUAAGAGCUUGUGGUUGCAUGAAAACAUGACUCCACUCACAAUCAGUUUCCUUAUGGAUUGUGGAAAUCAUGCAUGAUGCCCGCAGCUACAAAACAGUGUUUACUGUAGUUGAGUUAUGUCAUGCACUGUACUACAUUUUAGUCAUUUAGCAGAUGCUCUUAUCCAGAGCGACUUACAGUUAGUG